UAUGGCUGGGUGGACCCGGCGGUCUAGUUGGGUUUCGGGAGCCUAGCACCUCGGAACAUAAAUCCAUUGUUGCAAUAGUUACGGGAAGCGAGGGAGGGGGGCGAGAGUUUGCUUUGGACGGAGUUUCGAGUUGCGUCGAGGCCCGGGAUGGACAAGCUGAAGAAGGUGCUGAGCGGCCAGGACGCGGAGGAUCGCGGCGGACUGGCCGAGAUUAUUGAAACACCAUCAUUAAGCUGGGGCACAAGAAUCAAAGGCUUUGCUGCUUGUUUUGCCAUAGGGAUUGUUUUCUCAUUGAUGGGUACUUUUCUUCUGUGGGUACCUGGGAAAGGACUUGUCCUUUUUGCAGCAUUUUAUACCUUGGGGAACAUUGCAUCACUUGGGAGUACUAUCUUUCUCAUGGGACCAAUGAAGCAACUGAAGCGCAUGUUUGAACCUACAAGACUGAUUGCUACCAUUGUGAUGCUGCUGUGUCUUGCCCUCACUCUGUGUUCCGUCUUCUGGUGGCACAAAAAGGGACUUGCUCUCAUUUUCUGCAUUUUGCAAUCUUUGGCCUUGACGUGGUACAGUCUUUCCUACAUACCAUUUGCAAGGGAUGCUGUGAAGAAGUGUUUUAAUGCGUGCCUCGCCUAAUAAACAAAAAGGCACUUUUGAAUAGCCUCGGCAAGUACAAAAGACCAAUUUCUGACACUGUUUUGUAAAUAUUUUCCUAAUUCUGUCUUAAGAUAUGUGCCUUUUUUUGGCUUGUGGCAGGAUGUUACUUGCAUUUAAAAUAUUGAUGGUUGUUUUUGUAAGCAAUGAUACAUUCUCAAAACAAAAUGUCCGUUGCUCUGUUUAAGUUUUUGUGUGCCUGGAUUUCAAAGAGUAAAAUGUCACUGAUCUGUCAUUGUUCUGUCCCAACCUCCCCCCUCUUUCUUUCUCUGUCUGCCUUCCCCCCCCCCAAUCUCUCUAUUUUGAAAUUUCUCUGCAUUGUUAUUUAUGAUUUAAGAAAACCGAACUUGCCCAGCCAUGGUUGAGGCUUGGGGGCCUGUAACUUCUUAAAUGGUUACCAAAUAGCCUCAUUCCUGAAGGGUGACAUUUCUUCCCUAGGAGUAGUUUGCACCUUGGGACCUGCCCAGAUUUAGGUCUCUGAGCACAGCACAGUCCAACCUCUCCAGGAGGUGGAGAGCAUCACUAUUGCUUAGAAUUUAGCAUCGACAUACGUAGAAGGCCAUUCUGCAGGAAUGUACAGAACUGCUACAGGAGCCUGACAGAUGAAUGAAGUAGAAAAAGAGCUUUUAUUUAUGGAAAAAAAAAACACAGAACUCUGUCACUUCUUAUUCUCUAUACAGCUGUCUAUGCUACUAUUCUGAAUACCACCCCAGAAUAUACUGUCCAGUGCCUGACAUAGUAUCUCCCCCUUUCCUCCUGCCCCAGGUGUAGAAGGGGAAAGAAAAAAAAGAAUUACAGUUUUCUCUGUGGACCAGAGCAGGCAGCUUUGCUAUGAUCUACUUUUCUUAUUUCUUUCUGCCCCUCCUUCAUUAUUAAUGACUGGGAGAGUGGUUUAGUGCAGCACAUAUUUAAACUUUUUCCAUUUGUGACUCCUUUUUGUCUGAGAAAUUUUUAUGUGACUCUGGGUAUAUCAAUAUAUAAAAAAUAGGUAAGCAAAUCUGACAUUUACUGAUAAUAAAUCAUAGUUUUGUGACUCUCAUAUUCAGUUAUGAAACCCCGUAGGGGGUUGCAAGCUAGUGUAAGAAAUUGGGGGCAAGACUUGACUUUGAAGCCUGGAAAACUUGAUUUCUGGUUUGGCCUCUGACAUGAUCUGGCUUUCUGACUUCAGGCAGGUCACUUAAUCUCUCGUCAUUCCAGGAAACUUUCUAAGUUACAGCAAGGUACUAACCUGUAGGGCUGAUAGAAGUCCCUCCCUGGGAACUCCCUCCUUCAAUAUAAUCAUAGAUCCAUGUCUUGUCUUUCCUUAUGAUCAAAGGAUUCUGAAGUGAAGUCAUUUUCCUUUUUUCCUCAGUUCAGGAAGAGAGAAUAUUAGAAAUACUUCUUAUUUAUGCCUGUUAUUCUCCUAGGUGGAUGUACCAGAUGACCUUUUGAUAGUUAGUUCUCUGAUGUUUGACAGAGAAUAGCUAGAGGUGGAUAGAGGGGGAAGGAUAAUCCAGGAUGGUCAGAGCCAUAUGGCUAAUAUGGGGUUCUGUGACUGGGAUGCCAGUAUGUAUUUCUUGGUAUCCCUUAUUCAAUUUAUUUCUGUUUUUUUAUGGCUCACAAUUCAUUCACUGUACCCUGCUUGAAGUUGGCUCUGGCACCUAGGAGAUGCUUGAGCUGUGCUAGAGCUUAUCUUGAUUCCCUUCUUCACAUUCCCUCUUAGGGGCAAAAAGUGGGAAAAAGCCUGGAUCUGGAUCUUAGCUCACUCAUCCAUAAGAUGAGGGUAUUGGUCUUACCUUUUGGUAAACUAAGGGUGCUGUGGUACCAUGGAAAGAGAGCCAUGUUUAAAACCCAGCUCUGUUAUUUUAUUUACUAGCUAUAUAACCAAGAGUAAUCGUUUAGUCUUUCUUGGCUCUCUUUUUCCCCAUCUGUAAAUUGAGGAGAUUGUUUAAUUGAUGUCAUAACAGAUCCCUUCCAACUCCGACCUUAUGGUCCCAUCUUCUCAUACUUUGUGAUCUGUAUGGGUUUCCUUUAGCUAGGGAGAAAAAAAUCUCACGUUGAUCCUUAGGUGAUUAGAAGGGAUUAAAAUUCCCAAGUGGUCAAUUUGGAUCUAAAAUCACCAAAGGAUUAAAAAAAAAAAAAAGAUCACAUGCUUUGUUUAUAAAAAUCUCAUUUCCAUAUCUUCUGAGAAUAGAGUAAAAAACUCAGUUGAGUUGAUUCUGUUGUAAGAAAACAGGGUAUCUUCUCUGUGCCUGAGGGAACCUUUGCUUUGCUACCCUUUGGACCUUCUGUUUUCGUUUGUCAGGCAAGGGGAAGGAGAUUACUGUACUUGAAGGAGCAUAAUAUAAUGGAGUUGGGACAAUUUGAUUUCAAAUCCUGCCUCAAACACACUAGCCAUGUGAUCCUAGACAGGUCAUUUUAUCUCCUUGAACCUCAAUUUCUUUCUCUGUAAAAUGAUAGGUGAUUAGAUGAUCUUUUAAAUUCCCCUUUGUCUUUGAAUGUUGUUCUCCUGAUCACUUAAGAAUUUAUUAUCAUUGGACUUGUUUAGUUGAACCACUAUAUAUUUGAGUUUCUUCCCUUUCAGUUCAAGCUAUACCCCUAGAGAUUACAGCAUUUUACUUAACUUUUCCAUUGGCUACCUCUAAUCCUCUGAGGCCAGUAGCCAGUGGUCCCAGUGUAAUGAAGUGGGUGGCCUUGAUUAAUUUUUUUUUCCUUCCUAGCAGCUAAAUGGAGAGCAGAAUAGUUAGUGUGGGUUUGCUAUUGUUUUUAAUCUAUAAUCUACCAAAGACCCUAGGUUUAUGUAUUUUUUUAACCCCCCAGGUUCACUCUGUAAUUUCCAUUCUAUAGAGCUGACAUAUCAAUAUCACAUUUGUUUGGGAUCAUAGAACUUUGGAUUCAAAAUGGACCUUAAUAUUUCCUUGGAGCACAUUUGCUUUUACAUUUAUAUCACAAGUCCAUUUCUGCUCUUCCUGCUUUUGAAAGGUUUUCUUCCCAAAGCUUGAAUGAUUUGAUUUACACUGAUUAGGGAAGGGGAGAGGCUAAAAGGCAGCAUCAUUCCUAGGGUCACAGAAUUUCAUAGCUUAAGGGGUCUUAAAAAUAAUCUUGUCCAACACACAAUGUAAUGAGAAAACCUUCUACAACUUAAGUGACACAUGUCUAUUCCAGCCUUUCUUUGAAGACUUUUAGUUGGGGAAAAUUGCUGAUUUCUGAGGCAGCUCAUUCUGCCUUUGGACAACUUAAGUGGUUAGGAAGUUUUAUUUCUUAUAUCAAGUAAUAAGUAGAAAACACACUACUCCAGAAGAGCUCGAAAUCCCAUUCACUAGUUCUGACUUGGAGGAAGUUAAAAACAGUCCUAAUUACUCUUUCCCAUGAUAGCUGUUCAGAUUUGGAAACUGGAGUCAAGCUUUUUGCCUCUUGUAGCCCCUGACAAAAAAAAAGCAUUUUCUUUUCAAGCUAUUUCAGUCAUUUCUCAUAGAGAUUGAUUUUUGUUUCUUAACCAUCUGUGGUUAUCGCCUCUGGACCGCUUCUGUCUUGACAAAAUAGCCUUUUUUAAAUGUCACCUCCAGAACUGAACACAAUGCUCCCCAGAUGUAAUCUGACCAAGGCAGAAUAAGGCAAAGCUGUCACCUCCCUUGCUGGGGACACAACUUCUGUGAAUGCAGGCUUAGAUCUCACUAACUUUUUUUAGCCUCUACAACACUGUGAGCUUGGAGUUCAUACUUCUGUAAAACUCGUAGAUUCUUUCUCAUGAACUGCUGCUGUCUAGUCCCGUCUUUCCCAUCCUGUGUUUGUGAUGCUGAUUUUUUCUGACCUGAGGUACACUUGGUAAUUAUCAUUAUGGGAUAAACACACAUAGUUGUUGAAUUCUCUGGUACCUGCUCCUUGCUCCAAUGGUGGUCUUCACAAAGCAUCCUUACACUUCGACCUGCCAGUGCAGAAUGACUGGAUUCUGAUUUGGGAACUUCCUGUUACCCCCCAUUCCCCUGACCACUAUGGGAUGGAGUGAGUGGGAUAUGAGUUUGGCAAAUGUUGCCUCCUCCCUGAUUGACCAGAUUUAGUUAGGCCUUAGGACUUGCAGAUGGCUUUGUUUGAGCCGUGAUGAACCAAAUGCUAAUUGUUCAUAUAGAGACUAAAUUUUGUAGAUUAUUUACAGCAGGUUGUGAAUCACCAGCGAGCACCCUCCUGGUACCUUGCAUGUCUGGAAGCUACUUCCUUUCUGUUAUCAGUCAUCUGUACUUGGAGAAUGAACAAACUCAUCUUAUUGUUUUCCCCAAUUUGAAGAGCCUUAGGAAAGAGAAAGAAUCAUCAAAUAUAUUACAUACAUGCACAUGUUUUGCAUUAUCCAAAUCACUGCUUUGUCCAUAAUAAAAACUAUAUGCUAGAUACUAUGGUAAGCAAUGGCGUCUUUGAGAGCAGACCAUAUUUCAAGAAAAACCUGUUCUUCUGUUCCUUGUUGAUGUUAGGUAUUUCUGUGAAUUAAAAAAAAAAAAAAGUAAAAACUCCCUAUGGACAAUCAGGGGCCACUAAGGAAAUGUGUACUUCUUAGUCUGGGAGACUUGUAACUAAUCUGGCUUCCAAUCUUAUUUCACCUUAUUUCUCUCCCUGUUUUCUCUGUGUUCCAAUCAACCUGGCUUGCAGUCUGAUGCUAUACUUGAUGUAGGAUCAUCGAUUAAAAAACUGGAAAGGAUCUUAGAGAGAUCAAGUCACUUGCUCAGAAUCAAAUAGGUAUUUAAAGUAGUCCUUGAAUCCAGAUCUUCUUGACUGAAAGUCCAGUGUCCUGUUCUUUAUAUCAUUGUCUCCCACUUUUUUCUGCUUUUUUGCAUGGCCAUCCCUCCAUCCCUCAUGCUUUCUUUUCAGAAGUCUUCCCAAAUCCCAUCUCUGUCUCUCCAGCUGAAUAUGUUCUCUCCUUUCUUAGAUUUACUUAGGAAACAUAAUCUGAGUCUUUUACUGUUUUCAAAUUCUAUACUUCUUGUAUUUUUCUCAUCUGAAUGUCAUUCCCUUUUGGCCCGUUUAAUUCUCCUCAAAUGAAUAGCAAACUCUUUGAAAGAAGAAGCUAUGUUUUUUCAUUUUUGAAUCCUCCCUCAUAUAGGGUAAGCACAUAACUAAUGCUUAUUAAAGUGAAAUAAAGGAAAUAUUUUGGUACUUAAAUGAUAUGAUUUAACAGCAUAAAGGAAGAAUGUUAUCAUCUCUUCAUCUAUGAAAUCUGAUAUUUUGUUUGUAAUUGCACGCCAAGCCUUCUUUGUCUUAAGGGACCAGAUUCCAGUUUAGGGCACAUAUGACUUUUUGCAUAAUUUCACUUUCCUAUAGUUAAACACACACACACACAUAUAUAGCUGAGUUUUAGGCAUGUUAAGUUUUUUGGCUGACUUUGGUUGCAGUACUUGGUUUUACAAUUCAAGGUUUCUGCACAUUUUAAAAAUGAAAAUAAGUGAUUAUUCAAAAGUCCAAAUAAAGUUGAAUUCAGGAUUAUGUCUCAGCAACUCCUAGUGGAUUGCCAAGAUUAAAUAUUGGCAAAAUCUUUUAAAAUUGUGUUUUUUUUAAUUUCUAAGCAAUUGAGGGGAAAAUAGCAAAUAUGAUGAGACUUUUAUUUCUUCCUUUCAACAGAAAAGAAUCUUUAUAAAUGAAUUAUAUACUGUCAGGUGGGAAGAAGGGUUGAAAGUAUACAGCAGCUUCAUAAUUUUUUCCUGAAUAAUUAUGAUUUUUGUUUACUGCCACUGCUGAUUCAAUAGAUAACCUCAAAAAAGGAUGAGCUUCCUCUCACUUGGGGGUAUUCAAGAACUAGGCUAGAUUGCCUUCUGACAGAGUUGUUAAAGAAGGAAUUUUUCCAUGGGACAGAAGGCUAGAAUAAUAGACCCUUGCAGUCUUCUUAAGCUCUGUCUCAAUGAAAUAUCAAGGUUUUGAGAAGUAGUUUAUAAUUUAGUAAAAUGAAAAUUGUUGAUUCCAACCCUAUGUGUUUGUUCUGAGAGUGAUAAAUUUGUGAUGUUAAGAGCUAUAAUGAUACAUAAUUGAUAACUGUUCUUGGAGUCUUACCUCCCACACAUAGUGACUGUACAUGGGCAAAAAUCACUUAACCUUUUUUUUUUUUUAAUUGGAGUUUUUUUUAUUUUCAAACCAUAUGCAAGGAUAAUUUUUCAACAUUGACCGUUGAAAAACCUUGUGUUCCCAUUCCCCCUCCCCCUUUUCUUUACCCUUUCCCCUUGAUGGCAUGUAAAAUCCAAUAUAUGUUAAACAUGGUAAAAAUAUAUGCCUUUAAUCUCUUUUAAUGCCCUAAGAAACUGAGAGUUUGGAGAAGCUGCUGAUUUGCUUUGGUUAAGGCCCAGAUUUGGACAGGCAGUCUGCCCAGCCCUCCCUCACUUCAGUUCAGUUCACUUGCCUGUCAUGGCAACCCCUCCCUGAUGUCAUGGUCCUCUGAGAAUGAUAGACAGACAACAAUAAUUUGCUUUGAUGGAGGAAAUGUUCACACUGGGAGUUCCCACUCCGAUGAAAUCACAGGUCCUUGCUCCCUCAUCUUUUCUUUCCCCACAACCCCCCCACUUCCAAACCAACCCUUCCUCCUACCCCCAGUCCCACAAACCACCAUUUCUAAUAAGACAUUUAGUUACAUCAUGCAGACGGCUUCCACCAUCUGGUUAUCACAUGGCAGCAUGCUCAUGUGUCUUCCAAACUGAAAUCCAGGACAUCUGAUCUUAUAGCUGAUAAUCCUUUUGCAAGACCUCAUUUAAAAACACCUUUAAAAAAAAUUGAAAUCAAAAUUAUCCUGAAAAAUCUAUGUUGCGCUUUGGGGAACAACCAAAAUAUCCUUUUUGUUUUUGUUUUUUGGAUGGGGGGCUUUCCAAAUUAGCAGAAUCAUUUUGUCUCUGACCAUUGUGUUAGACAUAUCUGCUCCCUGAUUUAAAUUGUUAAAGUUUUAGAAGGGGAUAUUCUUCUAAAUGGAGGUGUGGAGGACAUCUCUUAAAAGACUCAGAGGCCUAAAACUGGAAGCAAGCCAGAACUGAAAUUGAAUGAUUUUAAAGUGGGGAGAGAAGAGUUUUUUUAAAAUUAAAUUUGUAAACUUGAAUUUUAAAGCAAAAAAAAAAAAAUCAUGGGAAAAAUGACCUUCAAUUAAUAAUUUGUUGAAGUGUGUUUAUAAAGCACAAAGCAAGGUAAUGGUUUGCCAGCUUGCUUCUCCUGUCAGACUAAAAGUUAAUAUAUUUUGUUCUAGGUACAAACCUUGUUUUGGUCCAGCUUCUUAAAGAAAACUAAUAGUUUGCUCUGGAUUUUGUGGCUGUUCUGCUUUGAGUGCCAUGUUUUGUUUUCUAUUGUAUUUCUUGAACUUAGUGUGUUUGCUCAGCAUCCUUGAGCCAAAAACAGGAGCUGAUCCCUGCCUGUUUUUUCACUGCCCGUUGGCAAAUAUGUUCUAGUAUCUGUGAUUUCUGAUUGUGAAAUUAGGAUGCACAGUGACAGCCACAGGACCUGUGUGGCUGACUAGGAACUUGCCUGCCUUUAGGACACUAUUUCUGUUAGAAUGUGAUUGACUUUGUAAACAAUUUUUUUAUGGCCUUUUUUAAUUGUGUGGAAACUCAUUAACAAGGUUUUAUGCUGCUCUUUGCUCAGUGGAACUUUUUAUAACCAAAAAUAUAUUUUUUUGUGGACUGCUUAUCCUAUCUUGAUAAUCUGCUUCUUUUUUCUAACUUAUUAUGAAAAGACCUCAGUGAACUUUUCUCUCUCAACAUAUGUGUUCAUUUCUACAUUUUUGUUUGUUUUUCCAAUAAAGGCUAGCAUUAUAUUCUAUAUACAA